AUGGUGUCGGACUCGGAGCUGGUGGAGCGGCUGCAGGAGGUGCUGCGGUCGUCGGACCUCAACACCACGACCACCGCUGCCCUGCGCCGCCGCCUCGAGGAGGACUUCGGCGCCGACCUCUCCCACAAGAAGGCCUUCAUCCGGGAGCAGGUCGACCUCUUCCUCGCCGAGGUCGCCGCCAAGGACGAGCCGGAGGAGCCCAAGGAGGAGGAGCCCGAGGAGGCGCCGGUGCCUAAGGAGGAGGAGCCGGAGGCGGAGGCGGAGGAGGGCGAGGGGGUGGAGGAGGAGGAGGAAGUGGAGGAGGAGGAGGAGGAGGAAGACGAGGAUGGGGAUAGCAGCGGCUCCCGGAAAAAGCAGCGGGGUAAUGAUGGCAAGAAAAGGGGUGGUGGCUUUACAAAAUUAUGCAGUCUUUCCCCGGCACUUCAAGAGUUUGUCGGUGCCUCUGAGUUAGCCAGGACAGAGGUUGUCAAGAAGCUUUGGGCAUAUAUUCGGGAAAAUAAUCUGCAAGACCAAAACAAUAGGAGGAAGAUUUUGCCCGAUGAGAGAUUGAGGAAGAUCUUCAAUGUCAAUUCGAUUGAUAUGUUCCAAAUGAAUAAAGCUUUGACCAAGCAUAUCUGGCCAUUGAAUUCUGAGGGUCCUGUCUCUCCUGACAGAUCAACACCCAAAGAGAAGCCACAAAAGAGAGACAGGAAUGAAGGAAAGAAGCAAAAGGGUGGCUCUUCUGGAGCUGGAUCUGGUCUUCUUGUGCCCCUUCAACUUUCGGAUGAUUUAGUGAAAUUUAUCGGCACUGGUGAGAGCAUGUUAUCACGAUCUGAUGUCGUGAAGAAAAUGUGGGACUACAUAAAAGAGAACAACCUGCAGCCUCAUGCCUAG